ACCGAAAUAAAUGAUUACUACAUUACCCAGAAUCCCCCACGGUAUGACCAUCUUGGGGUCAAGGUUGAGUUUAGGCGAAACUGCUUCGAAAAGCAUGGCGUCAGAAUGUACAGGAGCUUCCUCACGCACAAAGAAUGUUGCUGUACAAAGAGACACAAGCAGAGCAGAAGAUCCAGCAGACACAGACAAUGUCAAAACAGCUCUGACAGAUGAGAAAGGAGUCGACGUGUGCCCGUUCUUCCUGGAGGGAAAGUGUCACUUUGGUGCCAGAUGUCGUAUGGCUCACAGUUCAACCCGGCUGAUCUGCGAAGUAACCAGCACCUCAGUUGACCCAGCAGUAGCUAGCGCAGACGCAAUAAUUCCUGAGCAGGAGGACAAAUCUGAUGAAGAAGUACAAAAGAAGAAGAAAGCCAACAGAAACAAAACGGCAAAAGCGAAAGAAAAUGAGGCAAAAGACGUCAAUAAAAAGCCUCGCAUGCGGACAGCCGACGACGUGAUCUCUCGGAUCCUCUGGGACCCCUCGGCGGACGCGUCCCAAUUCGUUGUGGGCUAUGUGGACCGUUACCUGGGCGUGCUGGAGCGCCCCUUCUGUGAUUUUAACUGGGACACCAACCCAUGUGACUGCGACUACGCCACGGAGCUGGCCCUGCCCAGACACAGGAUCCAGUACUUUACCUACAGAGGGCACCGUGUCUGGGACCGCCACAGCAGGACUGACAGGGUGUUUGGCUCCACUGGUCAAUCUUUGGCUCCCCCCUUUGGAGGGGAAGAGGAAGUCGGAGCAAGAGAGCAACCACCUGAUGCUCUCGGCCAGAGAAUGGAGUGUACCGACGCUGAGAACACACAUCUGCAGGACGACAAGCACAGUGAGAUGAACGCUCGCACCUCUGAGUCAGCGCAAGCCGGUCAGGCGUCGACAAGCGUUGCGGAGGAGGCUCCAAAUAGUGCGAAGGCCUCGGCAGAUAAAGGAGGACAGUGUUUGAUAGAUGGAGACACAAACGAAUGGGAAGAAAGUUUUGAAGGCCAGAAUAAUGUGCAGAGUGAAGAGAACCGCGGUCGUCGUCCCCCUAAAAAGAAACCCACCCACUUCAUCACGUUCCGGGCCAACACUCCCGCCAUCCUGGCCUCUUUCCAGCAACUCCAGGAAGAGGUCAGCGCCCUUCUCCCGUCGUCCGCCCCUCACUGGCAGGCCUCGGCCAGCCUGCACGUCACCCUGUGCCUCCUGGUGCUGCGGGGCCCCGCGGAAGUGGAGGCCGCUGUGGAGAUCCUUCGACGCUUUGCCCACUUGGACCGCAACCCCCCGGUGGCCGUCAGCUUUCCCGUCAAGCUGAAGCAUUUCAACGGCAGGGUGCUGUACCUGAGCCCCCAGCCUCAGCUUCAGCUCCAGCAGCUCAAUGGCGGCCUGCAGGAAGCCUACAGGAGCGAGGGCCUGCUCCACAGGGACUCCUACAACCCGCGCUACCAUCUCACCCUGGCCAAGGUAACGGACAAGGACGGCGAACGCAUCUUCGAUGGCGUGGGCGACCUGAAGGUGGGCAAAGGUUUACAUUUUGGUCGUUUGCCUGUGAACUCCUUGCACCUUUGUGUCGUCGGGGGUGCGGACGUGGAUGGUUUUUUUGAGACUGUAUGUACAGUAAGUCUUCGAUAAUUGCUAGUUCAUGUGGGAUAAAUUCAGGCACGCACUCGGGACUCUUCAUUAGGUGCAUCUGCUCGACGCAUUGAGAUCUGAUCCAGGUGCUGUGUCGUAUACAAGGAUAGUUUUGAUGUGGUAAUAACUCAGCAAAACGUUGACGCCGCAUCAUUCUGACGCAAGGGCAGUAAAAUGUUUCCAAACAGCUCAGUGCACUUCUGCAACCAUCACAACAACAACCAUAGUGUGGAAUGAAAUCCUCUCACGUUUGUUAUUUUCAUUGUAAAGGCAAACUCAUUUAAACAGCCAUUGUAUUAGGUCUCAUUCGAUCAUGAGUUGGUAAUAUCGGCAUCUUUCAACGUGUAUGUGUGUGUUAGAAUGUUUUAUAACACCAGGUACAAGAAUUUAGGGGUUGUGAAUCAAUUCUAUCUGGGCAUUUGCUUUUUACGAUUUUUAACUUUAAAAAAAUGUUUUUAUAAAGGUUUAAUGAAGGGUAGGAAUGCAGAAACGUCAGGUCAGCCGCAUACAAACAACAGUUUGUUCAACAGCUCUUAUGUUAAGGUGAGCAGGGUGAAUGAAUGCCUUUUAUUGUGUGUCAAAUGAAUACCUGAAAAAGAAACACAAAUGCAGCCAAAUUAAUUAUACAGUGACUUUGUGUUCAUUUUGAUCAGAACCUCAUAAGAAUCUGAGAAAAGAGAACCUUUUUAUUAUUUUCACGACUUUUAAUGUUUACAGAAGUGGCUUAUGCAUGGAGUCAAACUAGACCGGGGAUGGGCAUCUUAAAUGAUGGAGUUCAAAAAUUUUCAACGGCGCUACUGGAGGGGAUAAACAUAGGACCACAAACCUCUGAACUAGAUGCAUGACAAAAACAUUUUAAAAUAUGAGCAUAUGGCUGUUUUUAUUUAACCAGUGCACAUCACAAUUUUAAUAGAUUU